AUAUAAAGGCAGAGUUACUAGAAUUAGAGGGUUAAAGGAUAUCGCAAAUGUUCUGCCAGGUGGAGAUGGCGUGCAUGCGAAUUUUGGUGUUGGUGUUAUCCUGCUUGUUGUUCAAUGUCACUGUUGCUGCUAACGAUCGUAAAGUUAUUGAAAGAGAAGUGAAUAAUGAGCAAUCAAAACUGGCAUUGCGUGACAAGCUAGGAAAGGUCCUAUGCCAUCGCAUUUUUGGCACAGAAAAUUCGUCGGAAGUAUCGGUGACUGACUUUGAAAUCGUUUUCCCAUACAAUGUUGACGAGACUGGUAACAGAGUCGACAAAAAGAAGAUACACAAAGAAAACGCAAUAUUCUUACUCUUCAAAGCAUUUGGGAUGAAUUUCCAUAUAAAUGCCUCAGCAAACAGAGCAGUUAUUCACGAAAACCAGUUCAUAGAGCAUCACACCAAAAGUGGCAUAAAGAGGCUGAUUGGAAAAGAGGCUACAUACACUACUGGAACGGUGUUGAACAGUGAUCAAUCGAUGGUAGCAUUGGAGCAUUCCGAUGGCAUGAAUGGAAUCAUCUCCAAGGAUAAUCAGCUAUAUACCAUUACACGAGUACCACACUGGUUAAUGGACCAAGCUGAUCAUAUGUCGCAUGGAGCACAUAUCAUUUAUGUAGUGAAGCCUCGUUUUCAAUACUCCGAACCAGAUCAAGCGAAAAGACCUCGAGCUCCUUCGACACCUCAACGCUUAAGGAGAUCAAUCACAUCUGAAAGAAAAGAAAAGACGGUCGAACUCAUGCUUGUGGCUGAUAAAUCAAUGGUAGAAUUUCAUGGCAAAGAGUUUCUACAUUCGUAUAUGACUGCGCAAGGAAACAUGCUUGCUGCUACAUUCAAAGACAAAUCUUUGGCCUAUCCAUUAACUAUUGCCGUGACCAGAAUUGUCAUACUAGAAACAGACGAGUUUAACGGUGCUAAUUCAUGGUCUGAGCUUCUGAGCAAAUUCAGAGUAUGGGUAAACGAGAAUAACCCAGAUGAUGACAGUAAUCCUUUGCACACUGACAAUGCUAUCCUCUAUACAAAAAAUGGUUGUGGAGAUGGAUGUGGCUCUAUAGCUGGCUGGGCUGGUGUAGGAAUGUGCUGGAAAUCCACUAGUCAAGCUGCUGUCAAAGAUUUGGGCCUAAUGUCAUUCUCCGCGGCAGCUCACGAGCUUGGACACAAUCUUGGAUUAGGUCAUGAUGGAAGCGACGGCUGUUCUAAUGGGGUUAACAUCAUGUCUUCUAUUACUGCAUCGGGAAUGAAGGGUAUGCAAUGGUCAAAAUGUAGUUCUGAUAUUUUGGAGAAAAACCUUCUGUCAGAUAGUUCAAAAUGUUUUGACGAUAAGCCCUCCAAAUCCUUGACAAACGUCAGUUUUCAACACUAUGGAGAAAUAUAUGAUGGGAAUAAGCAAUGCGAGCUGGUUUUUGGCAGUGGUUACUCGCAUUGUCUACCAUAUGCAAGCCGAUGUGACCAUUUGUACUGUCUGAAGGCAAACACAGCUCUUUGCUAUCCAACCGUGCCCCCGGCAGCGCAUGGCACAUGGUGUGGAGCACAAAGGUGGUGCAUAUUUGGCGAAUGUGUUAGCGACGGGUCGAAACCCCCUUCACCUGUGGACGGAGGCUGGUCUACCUGGAGUGAAUAUACCUCGUGCAACAGAAAAUGCGGAGGAGGUGCACAAUGGCGGUCAAGAACAUGCAACAAUCCAGCGCCUAAACAUGGUGGGAAGAAUUGCAUUGGACUUGACCGUGGUCACUUCAAAACAUGUGGCAUGCAGGACUGUGCACCAGGGACAACUUCAUUCCGACAGGAACAAUGUACCGAGAAAGGCCCCGAUAAAACAUCAGUUACUAAUCCCGACUCGCCAUGCGCACUUAUCUGCUCUUGGCUUAUAUAUGGUAAGGUCAAAGAUGGAACACAAGCAGUCGAUGGGAAUCCCGAUAUCUGUAUAUUAGGGGAAAGAAUGGAUGUAGGCUGCGAUCUAAACUUGCAUUCUGGUGCUGUUCCUGACCGAUGUGGAGUCUGUGGACAAAAUGGAUCUGAGUGUACAACACUCACUGGUACAAACAUGAAUCCAUUUCCAAAUCAAGCUUACUAUGAUGUAGUAACAAUACCAAAAGGAUCGAAAAACAUUGUUAUCGAAGAAAUGGGACCAACCUACAAUUUUUUGUCUGUCAAAGUUGGUAGCAGUUCAUCCCUGCUGUAUCAUGUGCCUCGAUGGUCAACUAAAAUGAAAUGUGCAGGGGCAGAUUUGGUAUACACAAUGAAUGGAUAUUCAUUUCCUGACAAGAUCACCAUUACGGGCACAAUAACUGAAGAUGUUCAUGUCGUUCUUCGCAAUCUUUAUCUCAUGGGACCAAGCAAAGGGAUAAGAUGGACAUAUUUCAGCGCUGGCAAAGGGACUGAAUCCGAUCCAGAAUAUUACAUUCUGCAGGACUGGGGAAAGUGCAGCAAGUCAUGUGCUGGGGGAAAGCAGACAAGACUGCUUGGGUGUAGAAGAACCGAUGACAAAUCGACAUUGAGUAUAACAUUUUGCAGCAAGUUGCAAGCACCUGUUGCAGAGCGUGAUUGUAACAUGCAGGCUUGUGCUCCUGCAUGGCACGUGCAUCCUUGGUCAGACUGCAGCAAAUCCUGCGGCAACGGGACACGCAAGCGGGAACACAACUGCGCAGAAUUGCGAAGCGAUGGGAAGUACUACGCUGUGGACGAUCAGACAUUGUGCAAAACUGCCAAAAAUGAUCUUCCUUUGAUGGAAAAUUGUAAUGAAAUUAAAUGUCCAAGCAUGUGGGUUCCUGGAACGUGGAGCAAGUGCAGUGCAACAUGUGGGGGAGGUCGAACAUCUCGGUCAGUUACCUGCAAACGAAUUAACGAGGAUGGCCAAACAGUCGACGUCACAGAACUCGAAUGCUCGCGUCUGGCUAAACCAGCUGAAAAUCAGGCUUGUGGGGAGGAGCCUUGUGCACAAUGGAAGGUCAGAUAUGGAGAGUGCUCCAAAAAAUGUGGAGGAGGUUUUAAGCAUCCGAUUGUCGAAUGCGUAGUUGCCGCGUUGGUAGAAUCAGAUGCUGCAUGUGAGGCGGAUAAAAAACCAGACACAAGCACAUAUAGCCCCCAGCCUUGUAAUCCACACGCAUGCGUAACUUACGCCUGGAAAUCAGUUGAGGGGACUUGCAGCGUCACUUGUGGAAAUGGUACAAUACCAUUCAACGUCACGUGCGUAAGUCAAAAUGACAAUAGCGUUGUUGCUGAUGGCAACUGCAUCGCCGACCAAAAGCCGCCAUCUUCAAAAGCAUGUCAUGCAGGGGACUGCCCAAUACAAUACAUUUGGAAAGUGACAAAAGGAUUCUGUAGUGUCACUUGUGGAACAGGAACUAUCACCUCAGUGAUUGCUUGCUACAGGCAACAUGAUAUGUUCAAGGUUGCUGAUCUUGACUGUGAUGCAUCGAAAAAACCCUCUGCUGGACAACCAGAGAGCUGUAAAAUGAACGAUUGCCCUCCAAAAUACUCCUGGAAUGUUGUUUACAGUACUUGCAGCGUAACGUGUGGCACAGGAGUCAAGAAGCCUACAGUUCAAUGUGAAGAGACUGACUCAUCUAAAGUUGUGGAUAAUGCCCUGUGUCCUGAUACUGUCCCAAAACCAGGGGACUUGCAGUGCAACGAAGGCGAAUGUCCUGCAACCUAUUCUUUCCGUGUUUUUUAUGGUGCUUGCAGUGUGACGUGUGGCUCAGGUGUAAAAACUGGAACAGCUAAGUGCGUUAGAGACGCGGACGGUGUAGAGUUUGAAGAGAGCUAUUGCAAAGACGAAAAGCCAACAGUUGGGUCUACAGCAUGCACUAUGGAUGCAUGUCCAUCUUAUUUCUGGGAAGCACAAUAUGGAUACUGCUCUGUUACUUGUGGAACUGGGAAGAAAAUAAUGGUACUUAAAUGCGUAAAUAAGGAGAAGCUCCAUGUAAGCGGACUGUUAUGCAUGAAGGCAAAAGUUAAAGUCCCUCCACAGGAAGAAUGUACAGCAAACACAGCCUGCAGGAAAAGACGAAGCGUUGAGAGCAAAGGCUACUUUGGCCUUGGCUGUUACAAUGAAAGAGAGAGCAGUCCAGCAUUGCCUGUUUUUGUCAAAAACUUUCGAAACCAAAUCAACUGGCAAAAUAUGUCUCCCACUGUUCAGAGUUGCGCCGAUGAAGUGAGAAAGCAGGAAACAGAGAAAAAGUUCAAAAUGAAGUUUACUUACUUUUCCAUUCAAUUUUAUGGAGAAUGUUGGGCUGGGGGCGAUUCUGUAGCAGAGAAAUAUUUCAUGUAUGGAAGUUCUAAGAACUGCUAUAAAGGAACGGGUGGACCUUCAAUAAACUUUGUCUAUAGAUUUGGUUCAGAAACAAAGUUAGAAACAAUUUCACCAGCAAUAGAUGUUGGGUGUUUUGCAAUCUCGGAUUACAAGAAAGAAAUCAAAGCUUUUAUGGAUAACUUCAAUGGAGAAGCAAACUGGGCUCAACCGAUCACUGAACAAACAUCCUCCAUCAUCAUAUCAAAGUGUGCAAUAGCUUCGGUAAAGCAUGGCUCGAAAACAUUCGCUGUAAUGAAAAAUGGACAGUGCUGGUCAAUGUCUGGUGAUCUAUCUCUCUACACAAUCACAUCAAACGGCUGCAAAUACGAACUCGGAAGUGAAACAUCCUUCAAUCUAUUUACCAUGUUUUGAAACUGAAUAUCUGAACAUCUGUCUAUAUGAAUCGUUCUAACAUUUGUGAAAACGACCUUUCAGAUCAGAUUACUUUGUUAUUAAUUUAAAACAUGUUUUUCCUAAUAAUUUGUUAAGCUAUAGGCAUACACUUACUGAGUUAAACUUAAUUAACUGAAAUCAUACUUGCCAUAGAACAGCUAAAUUAAGCUUAGUUCAGGCACCGCGGAUAGUUCGAUCCUGCCUGGUGAUACAUUGCUAAGCUAUAACAAAACACAACAUCAAUACUAUUAUACGAAAACUUGGCGUUUCAAGUUUUAUCUUAAAAUCCUUUUGCUGGUCAUAAGAUAAUUAUGAAUUGUUGGUCAAUCAUAAGGCUUUGCAACUGAAUGAGCUUCGAGUUUUCUAUGGUAUUUAUGUACUCUCAAUUUACAUUUAAUUAGAAAAGGAAUACAACCCAACCCUAUCUAAUAGUAAUGGGUAUAUUAUUUUUGAAAUCCUUUUCUUAUCCUUAACAUUAAGCUGAAGGGCAAUGGGCGGUUAUGGUUAUCGAAUAUUAGAGGGUUUUGAUAAUACUAGCUCAAUGUGAAAAUAAAUUUCCGCAAUUGUCGAAUAUAAAUCAUCUCUAUUUCCGUUUGUUUUUGACACAAGAUAUAAUCUAAAAUAGCUCGUACUUGCUAGAUAUUUUUCUACUUUUUUCACCAUAACACGACGUUUUGCGUACUAAAGUUCACUUGUUAUCAUAACCAGUUUACAACCAAGAUUGCACUUUAUUUAAUUUCAAUAACACACGCACUUUUUGUCAAUUAUACUUUUUUGCAAAUUUCUGUA